AAGGAGGUCUUCACCUCUCUACUAGGGCAAGAGAACAUGAGGCAAACACACUUUUUGUAGUUGAAAAAAAGGGAAUUCUUUCCCUACCAUCUCUACAUAUCCACUUUUCUCUCUUCUCCAUUGCAGAUCUGUCUUCAAGAGGAAGAGCAGGGUGUGAUUCUCCUUCCUCUCAGAGAAAGCGGUUCCAAUCACCCAGACGGUGAUUCCAUGUUUCUUCAUUGGCUCCCACCGUAUCAAAAUUUAGAUCCAAGAAUCACAACUGAUUUUUCUCCAUUCCAUCUUCCAGAUUUGCGUUCUUCAUUUUUUUUUGGUUCAAACCUUCAAAUUUGUUCUUCUAGAGCUCAAAAAGAAAAUUAUUGACGAACACUUUUUAGAUUUGUUCUAUCGAAUUCAAAAAAUCAAAUCUACCAUUUUCUCUCAUAUCCAAAACAUACGAUCUGUGUAAUUUUAGUUCCAUAUACAAUUUCUGGAUUUGAAACGAUUAGAUCUAUACUCACUUAAAGAUGGAUACACGAUUUUAGAUGCUCUCAUAUAUGGUUUACUCAAGAUCCUCUAACCUUUUAUCAUAAAUAGGAGAUACCAAACCUUUGUUGUUUAGACUGAAAACCAUGGCUAACACAGUACAGUGAAGGCCCACUUUUAUUCGACAUAUGAAAUAGGUUCUAUAGCUCUUUUUUAAUAUUCGCCAUAAACUUCAUGCGCACAUUUUCUGGUUUCGUUUUCCAUACGAAUCCUUUGUACCAACAUGGAUGCAGUUCGCUCGCAUAUCAAUGACAUGCCUCCAUCACCACGCGGAAAUGAACCCCUGCCCCACCCGGUGAUCAACCGGGACACGCUAGAUGGUUAAUUAAGAAUUAUCCAUCCAAACUAUUAUUAUAAUAUAAUAUAAUAAUAUAUUAAAAAAAGCAAGAAUUGUGAUUUUGUCGUUUAGUUCACUUCAAAUAUGUGUCAAACUUAACGUUUCCAAAAUCAAGGGAUUUUUCGGAGAAAAAAUCGCCGGAAUCGAUGGCUAGGUUUCUCUUCAGCAAGAAUGCAGGGACAAAAUUGAGGAAAGCAUACUCGACUGCCUCCUCCCGCAUGCCAGAAAGUUUUAGCAGGAGUAAUCACCCCGAUCAAGAACCAGAUGAGCACGAAUCUUGGCUGGGCAUGUGCUUCGGUAUCAUGUGUUGAAGCAUUUUACACUAUGGCAACCGGAAAGUUGCUGCCAUUAUCCGUCCAACAACUGAUGGAUACCAAACGAGUACACAUGUGCGGAGGUGGCAGUGCACCGAUAUCAUUCCAGCAGCACAUGAUGCAGUAUGGAGGGCUUGCCACUGAAAAGGACUACCCUUUUACAAGAAAAUACGGAGUCUGCAAGUAUAAGCCAAAAGCCGUCAGCAUUACGGGCUACAGACGAGUUCCCAAAUACGAAUUACAUGCCUUGAAGUGGGCUAUUAUCCAUGGACCUGUUACCGCGUGCAUUGAAGCCACACCUGAGUUUCACCGUCAUGGGCAUCUUUAGAGGGCAAUUCAGAGAGAAGUUUCUAAACCAUGUUGUCCUCAUCACUGGGUUUGGCAGAACCCCAGAUGGAGAAAGCUACUUUGAAAUUCAAAACUCAUUUGGAACAGAGUGGGGCGACAAGGGGAAAACCAUUAUACCCCAGUAUGUGAUCUUAGAUGAUGGAUGUUGCAGCAUUGCAGCAUACGCCUAUUACCCAACUAUGUAUGGAAUUCAGGCCCCAUUUAAUCAGCGGAUACAUAGAGCAGUAUCAUACUCUCCGUGUCUCUGUAGGAUCUGUCGGCCUGAUCUCCAUACCGGCCCACGUGCCUGAUUACAUUUUACUUACGGUUAAAAACUUGUUGUUUACUUUUUUAUACAUUUUUGCUUUACGUAUCUUUCAAAUUCCUACCGGAUAUUAUCUUAUUUCUUUUAUAUUAA